AAGUAAAAAUAAUAAUACGUCCACAGGGACGGAAACCCGGACGUUUAGGACGAAAUGCCGUUUGGCGGGGAAAAUUAGACAAUGAACCCGCCCGAGCGAAGUCAACAAAGAAAGGAACUAUCCAAGCAACUCCCGCUCUUAUAAUUCUUGAUUGUUAAUUCCUAAUCCAAUCCAAUUGACCACGACUUUCCUUACUUCAUCAAACCCCUAUUCUCUUGAUCAAGAAACCCCCUUAUAACCCUAAUUUUAUUUUCCGGUUCUGCUUCAUAUAUUAAACCUCUGCUUUUAGCAUCUCUCCUUCUGUCUGUUUGAACACCUUGCCGAAUUAACAUCAAGAUGGGCGACAAGUUCAAGGAAUUCAUCAAAAAUCCCUUUUCGUCUUCAUCCUCUGGUAAAUUCAAGGGCCAAGGUAGAGUCUUGGGGUCGUCUUCAUCAGGUCCCGCUAAUUCGGCCCUCCUCCGCCAAUCGCAGGCUCCCCAAUCCAAGCCCAAGCCCAACCCCGUUUCAAAUUCAAAUUCAAAUUCAAAUUCUAGUUCAUCGGCUGCCUCGCCAAAUCCCAAGCCUUCGCCUCAGAAAACACAGAUUCUUGAUCAGAACAAGCCGGAGUUUUCGAAUAAUUCCAAGCCUAAUCGCAAACCGGAAAAUGGCUUUGAUCCAUUUGACUCUCUGAUCACUCCGGGGAAGAGAUCUCAAAAUGGGUAUACGCUAAAUGUCUACGAAUGUCCAAUCUGCGGCCAAUCUUUUAGGUCAGAAGACGAAGUCUCCGUACAUGUCGAUUCCUGUGUUAAUACUUCGGUGGACAAUAAAAGUGCAGAGGGUCUUGGUGUUUCAGGGUCGGAGGAUAUCAGGGUUGGGUCGUCUCGGAGUGAAUUGGAAGCUCGCAUUGGCACCUUUGCCUCAGGAAAUCCGGCUACAGGAUCGGUGGAGGUUGUUCUUAGGCUGUUGAGGAAUAUAGUUAAGGAACCGGAGAACGUGAAGUUCAGGAAGAUUCGGAUGAGUAAUCUAAAGAUAAGGGAGGCCAUUGGUGAGGUUGUGGGAGGCAUUGAGUUGCUGGAGUUUGUGGGGUUUGAAUUGAAAGAGGAGGAAGGGGAGAUGUGGGCAAUGAUGGAGGUCCCUUCGGAGGAACAAAUUAGUUUGAUGAAAAAUGGAAUAGCGUUACUGGAACCACCGAAGGUACAAGAACUUCAAAAGAUCGAAAAUUCUCCAUCAAUUGAUACACCUAAGGUGGAUGAACAGAUUGAACCAAAGAAGGUCGACCGCCAGACCAAGGUCUUCUUUUCUGUCUCUGAAAGUGUAGCAGCAAGAAUUGAGCUACCAGAAUCUUUCUAUAACCUGUCAGCUAUGGAACUAAAAAGAGAAGCAGAAACGAGAAAGAAGAAGAUUGAAGAUUCACAGAUGUUGAUCCCAAGGUCAUACAAGGAAAAGCAGGCAAAAGCUGCUAAAAACAGGUACAGAAAAACUGUUGUCCGAAUCCAGUUUCCCGAUGGAGUGGUGCUCCAGGGUGUUUUUUCUCCUUGGGAUUCAACUAGCUCUCUAUAUGAGUAUGUGAGCUCGGCAUUGAAAGAGCCUAGUUUGGAAUUUGAGCUGUUAAAUCCUGUAGCUAUCAAACGGCGGGUGAUCCCCCAUUUUCCUAGAGCAGGGGAGAAAGCUGCAACACUAGCUGAUGAGGAUUUGGUCCCCUCAGCUCUUGUCAAGUUUAAACCUAUUGAAACCGAUUCUGUUGUUUUCACGGGGCUGUGUAAUGAACUCCUUGAGAUUAGUGAACCGCUUACAAGUGGUUCAGCUGUUGCUCCUGUAUAAGCUUUGUAGCUGCAUAUAUCCCCUUGUGUUGCAGCCCUGAGACAUGAUUCUAUAGUCUCCAUUCUUGGUAUGAACCUCUCAGCUUCUUCAUAUCAUAUGCUUUUCCCACUCAUACUGUAAUUUUCAACCAGAUUGUAUUUGGAGAUCAAUUUUUCACCUUAUACCACCAGACCUGACCACACAUUUGAUGAAGCAUGUAUUUUCUGUGAUCUUGAUUUGUGCGUGACCAAAUGCCAAAAUGUCUGUACGAUGAAUUUGAUCUUUUUAAUCUUGAUGAAGUCA